GGGGGUGGGGCUGGUAGACGUAGAAAAUAAUGGUGUCAGUCGGUACUCAGACACCGUGGAGUUGGCUUCACAGCUUCACAGAGGACGAGAAGAAAAAGGGUGAAAAUGCAAUCCUUGAUAGACCCCUACUCGGUGUCAGCAGGAGCUCUGGUAUGCCUGAAAUUGGAGCCUGUUCCAGAGAGGCAAGGGAAGAGCAGAAAGAGGGUCUGGAGAAGCUUUCCCUGCCUCAUAUUGUGACAGAAGAAGCAAUGAGUGCUCCUGAGUCACAGCAUCUAGCAGCUCUCCAGUUCCCCAGUGACUCAUACUCCGCAUCAUCAACAUCAUCAGGAGAGGAAGAGGUGGGAGAUACAAUACUUCCUUCGCUGGCCGUAGAACCAUCAGCUCCCAACACUGAACUAGCUGUCCGACAACUCUCCUGGCCUGCUGUACUGAGGUAUCUCCGAGAAUCUGAGUCAGAAGCCAGCAAGUACUUCAGUAUAGAUCGAGAGCCAAGGAAGGUGCUCAAAGGGGUUGAAAGGGACCAAGAAACAGCAAGAGAGAACACAAGUAAUGAGUUGAUGCCAAAUGAGGCUCGAUGUGCAACAGAGGAGGCAGUGGUUGCUGAAUUGAACAAACUUUGUCAUUUCUGUGGACAGCCAUUGGGUGAGUGGAGUGUGCUGCAAUCUGCCACUGGGAGUGGAGAUCAGGGAAGAGCUGAGGCUUGUUGCUGGCAGUUCAAGGAGUUCUGUCUGUUGGUUGCUGGAUGUCUACGACAGAUGAUAGCAGAGAGAGUCUCCGCACAGCCAACAGAGAUCACAGUGAAGCUCAGAAACAAGAAAGACGUGAAGAUGGAAGCGGAGGAGAGAGCACUUGCCCUUUUGAGACGAAGAAAACGACAGAGAAAAAAGAUGGCGAAAAAGACAUUACAGAGUUCAAGCUUCUACUCCUGUGAGUGCAGCAAGUGUUGGUUAGGGUUUUGUUUCAAAUGUACAUGUUCCAGUGACAAAACAGACCAAAACCAUUCAGUUUUCACUGCUGUCUCCGGCAGUGCUGAGCACUGGCUGGACUUUUGGCGAGAGGCAAAGAACUAGUAUUAGGGAGCAGAAGAAAAAGAAAAAGAGAAACGUCACAAGAAAACUUCCUCCAGAAAUUCUUGAGCUGCUUAUAAAAAGCAUGGCAGGUCCCAGAGAAGUAGAUGUGAGGCAAUAUCCUGACAGCUCCAUCUCCUUCAGUACUCUGCUACCUGACCACACUGGCCACUACCGCUACCCAUCGGGUUCACUGGCUGUGCUAAUCUACUCACACACUCCAGGAGUUCUGAGCUACCUUCUCUUCAGCGUAAUUGUCAGAUUUUCAUAAUUUUAAUGUUAAAGUUAUUGUGUUUUUCAGGAACGAGGGGAAGAGGUGUUGGGGUAUGCAGACCAGUUGGGCAGGAUCUGGUGCAGUCACCCCCCACCUGACUCCCACCUUCUCAGACUGUGGCUGACUAGUGAUGGGGAAGGAGCUGUGUUCUCUGGUACAGGGGAAGUGGUGAGGAGAUGGGGGAGGGAGAGAGAGGCCGAGCAGACUGUGUUCCAGCCUCUGGUCUCUCCUCUGAACAAACACCUGGAUGUUCAGCUUGCAAGACAAGCCGAGGCUGUCAUCAGCUUCUCUCCUUGCCAGCAGCACCAUGUCAAGUUUACAGUUACCCACAAGCUAAAAGAGAAAAGUGGGAUUUUGGUCAGAGAAAGAACACCAGACGUUACUGAAGGCUACUACCAGUGCUACCUCCGCCAAGCCCAGGCCAGGCUCAAGGGACCAGGAGAGGAGGACAGAGAGUACCUCGUGCCAGAUCUCGCAGUACUGGAACCCUCACCUUCACCUCUGACUUCUCUCACAGUAGUAGAGUUAUUUGAAAUUUGUGGCAUUAAAUUAGACUCGUAAUCUAUCUUUGACUUGACCUAGUAUAUACCUGGCAGAGAGUGUGUAGCUUAUAGUGGUCUCUGACGAUGUUUCACGGCCUCAAAUGUCAUUGUGUUGCUUGACAUGCUGUGUGAGAUUGUACUGUGCCAAAUUACAAUUUGCCUUUGUCUGGUGUUAGAUUUUAAGCCCUACUUGCUGGAAGCUCAGUUGGUAGAGCGCAGACCAUCGUGGGUUCGAAUCCCUCCCAGGAC